ACGUUUCAAAACGUCGCUCAGUCAAACUCUCCAGUGCGCCGCCUUCAAGCGCGGUGCAACAUUUACUCAGGAUCACAGUACAUGCUGUUUAAGUUAUUUUGCGAGAGGAAGAUGUGUCAUGUGCAGCAAGGGACCCAGAGAGCGUUGACUUUAUGAAUAAAUCAUUUAUAACCUGUGGGAGCAUCCAGAAGCUGAAAGGAAAGAGGGUGAAAAUCCCGACGUUUUCUGUUUGAUAUUCGCCGGUGACGUACACCGAGCAGAUACAGAGCCACGGUGUUCCUGGAUUUGCCUUAUCGUGACUUAUGCCACAGAUGGAUCAGUGACAGGGUCAACACACACACACGGCGAGCUCGAAUAUCCUCCGUCUCAGUGUCCACCAGUCUUGAGGCCACCCACAGGCGUCUUUAAAUAGAUAAACACUUUAACUUCGCAGCCAAGGCCACAACGUUAGAGGAAGAGACAGGUAUGUUCUCAGAUGCCUUGGAGGCCGUAGGACAGGUGGAGGGUUUGACGCUAUCCCCUCCACAGACUCUCCCAGACCCCGAUGAUGAGGUGGAACUGGGCACCGAAACAAAAAGACGAGGCAGAUAUCGCCAAAGCUUACAGAUACUCAAGCCCUUUCGGAUCACACACAAACAUCAGCACCCGGUGGACAAUGCAGGAUUUUUCUCCUUCAUGACCUUGCAGUGGCUGUCCCCUCUGGCAUGGAGGGUCCACAAAGAGUCCUGUCUGAAGAUGGAAGACGUUUGGGGUCUGUCUUGCCACGAGGCCUCAGAAACUAACUGCCAAAGACUGGAGUGGCUGUGGCACGAGGAGCUCAAGCGGCGGGGGAAGGACGGGGCGUCUCUGUCCCGGGUGUUCUGGAGGUUCUGUCAGACCCGCAUGCUGGUGGCCAUCUUCUCCCUGCUCAUCACCAUGGUGGCUGGAUUUGUUGGACCUGCUCUGCUGGUCCGAGCCCUGCUGGAGUAUUCUCAGUGCGCGGAGGUGAAGCUGCUGUACGGUCUGGCUCUGGUCGCCGGGAUUUUCCUCAUGGAGCUGACACGCUCCUGGUCUCUAGCUUUAGUGUGGGCUGUCAACUACCGCACGGCCGCACGCCUCCGGGGAGCCGCGCUCACUUUCGCCUUCCAGAAGAUCCUGCGACUACGCAGCACUAAAGACAUCGGCGCAGGAGAGCUGGUAAACAUUUGCUCCAGUGAUGGACAGCGUCUGUACGAGGCCGUCUCAGUGGGCUGUCUGCUGGCCGGAGGGCCUCUCGUUGGGAUUCUGGGUCUGUCAUACACCGUCUAUUUCUUAGGACCGACUGCACUCGUGGGAUCGGCCAUUUUUGUCAUCUUCUAUCCCACCAUGAUGCUGGCCUCCCGCUUGACAGCGUAUUUCCGUAAAAGGUGUGUGGUGGUUACAGACCGGCGCGUCCAGCUGAUGAACGAGAUCCUGGGCUGCAUGAAGUUCAUUAAGAUGUACUGCUGGGAGACGGCCUUUGCCAACAACAUCCAAAGGGUUCGAUCAGAAGAGAGGGGGAUCCUGGAGUGGGCCGGCUGUGUUCAGAGCCUGACGGUGGGUGUGGCUCCAGUGGUGGUGGUGAUAGCCAGCGUGUGCACUUUCACUCUUCACAUGGCUCUGGGCUAUGAUCUCACCGCAGCACAGGCCUUCACCAUCGUCGCUGUUUUCAACUCCAUGACCUUUGCUCUCAAGGUCACGCCCUUGGCGGUGCGUGCUUUAUCCGAAGGCUCCGUGGCCGUGAAACGAUUUCAGAAGCUGUUUAUGAUGGAGGACAGGGAGCUGAUCUCAAACAAAACGGAAGAUCCCUACAAUGUGGUGGAGUUUAAAGACGCCACACUGGCCUGGGAAAAGGCCUGCGGCUCACCGGGGAAAAAGAGCCGAGCCCAGCAGAAAAGAGGAGGCAUGAAGAGAGUUUUGAGGAGGGAGAAACUGAGCUUAUACAUCACCGCAGAAGAGAGCAAAGGGAAGAGCGAGGAACCCAACGCAGAGCACCUCCUCACACACAUGGAGCAGGAGAGCCCACAGAGCACCAUCUCCUCCACACAGAGCAUCCGACCUCCGCUGCACAAAACCCUGCACCGCAUAGACCUCUGCAUCCGGAAGGGGUCGCUGGUUGGGGUUUGUGGUGGAGUCGGCAGUGGGAAGAGCUCGCUGUUAUCUGCGCUACUUGGACAGAUGACCCUUCUUGGCGGCUCAGUAGCUGUAAACGGAGACUUUGCAUAUGUUGCUCAACAGGCCUGGAUCCUCAACGAUUCCCUCAGGGAGAACAUCCUGUUUGGAAAAAAAUACAUUGAGGAGAAGUACAACGCAGUUCUGGAAGCCUGCUGUUUAUUUCCUGAUAUUAUUGAGCUGCCAUAUGGCGAUAUGACUGAGAUAGGAGAGAGAGGAGCUAACCUGAGCGGCGGCCAGCGGCAGAGAGUGAGUCUGGCCCGUGCGCUGUACAGCGAGAGACCCGUCCUUCUGCUCGACGACCCCCUCAGCGCCGUCGACGCUCGCGUGGGAUCGCACCUAUUCCACAGCGCCAUCCGCCGCGCGGCCAAGGGCAGGACUGUCGUCUUUGUCACACACCAACUGCAGUACUUGCCUGAGUGUGAUGAGGUGGUGUUAAUGAAGGACGGUCAGAUAGCAGAGCACGGCACACACGUCCAGCUGAUGGAGAAAGGCCGAGACUACGCUGCCCUUUUCAACAGCAUGCAGCAAGAGAACCUAGUGAGGAAGAACCUGAAAAACAAGCAGAGGGCCGAGGAGGAGAGCAGCCCGGUGUCCCUGCAUGUCAGCCCCGCAGCCAAACCGCAUACUGAGAGCAAGAAAGGAGAUCAGCUCAUGCAGGCGGAGGAAAAGGGGAGCGGGGCUGUGGCCUGGACCGUGUACGCUGCUUACAUCAAGGCUGCCGGAGGGUCUCUGGCCUUCAUCGUGAACAUCCUCCUCUUCCUCUUCACCACCGGCAGCAUCGCCUUCAGCAACUGGUGGCUCAGUUACUGGAUCAGGCAGGGCAGCGGGAAUUCCUCGCUGCUGCAGGCAAACGAGACCGCUGAGAGCGACAGCAUGCGACUGAAUCCGCACAUCCAGUACUACUCCAGGGUGUACGUCUUAUCCAUGGGGGCGGCGCUCUUCCUGAAGACGGUGCGAGGGCUGGUGUUCGUCAAGUGCACUGUGCGGGCAGCCUCAGUUCUGCAUGAUAAACUAUUUAAGACUCUACUUCUGAGCCCCAUGCGCUUUUUCGACACAACACCCCUGGGACGCAUUCUCAACCGAUUCUCCAGGGACAUGGAUGAGGUUGACGUGCGUCUGGCGAUGCAAGCUGAAAUGCUGCUCCAGAAUGUGACUUUGGUGCUGUUCUGCCUGGGCAUGGUGGGUGCUGUGUUUCCCUGGUUCCUGAUCUCCAUCGUUCCUUUAGGGGUGUUCCUCUUCAUCGUCAACCGCAUCUCCAGGGUUCUCAUUCGUGAGCUGAAGCGCCUGGAAAAUAUCAGCCAAUCCCCUUUCACCUCUCAUAUCACCAGCAGUCUGCAAGGCCUGUCCACUAUCUAUGCUUACGGCAGGGGUGCUGACUUCAUACACAGGAAUCAAGCCCUGCUUGACACAAAUCAGGCGUGUCACUAUCUGUUCAGCUGUGCUAUGCGCUGGCUGGCUGUGCGUCUGGACCUCAUCAGCAUUUCUCUCAUCACCACCGUCGCCCUCCUCAUCGUCUUCAUGCACGGCCGCAUUCCUCCUGCCUACGCCGGUCUGGCCAUCUCCUACGCCGUACAGCUAACCGGCCUGUUUCAGUUCACCGUGAGGCUGCUUUCUGAAACCGAAGCACGUUUUACAUCAGUGGAGCGGAUCAAUCAUUACAUAAAGAAUCUGGAAAGCGAAGGUCCUCGACAGAUCUGCGGCUCCUCCGCUUCUGCUUCCAGCUGGCCAGAAGAAGGACGAAUCUCCUUCCAGAAUGUGGAAAUGCGAUAUCGGGAUGACCUUCCUCUGGUCCUGAAGAAUCUCUCCUUUAGUGUGCUUCCAGAGGAGACCGUAGGGAUAGUUGGCAGAACGGGUUCAGGGAAAUCUUCACUGGGCGUCGCACUCUUCAGACUAGCGGAGCUCAGCCGAGGAUCAAUCAGCAUUGAUGGUGUCAACAUUGCUCACAUUGGUCUGGAGGACUUGAGGAGCAAGCUGUCAGUCAUCCCCCAAGAGCCGGUUCUUUUCAUUGGUACUGUCAGAUCAAAUCUGGAUCCGUGGGAUCAGUACACAGAUGCACAGAUCUGGGAAGCUCUGGAGAAAACGCACAUUAAGGACAUGGUUAGCCAGCUCCCGAAUUCACUGCAUUCAGAGGUGACGGAUAACGGAGAGAACUUCUCAGUGGGAGAGAGACAGCUGCUGUGUGUGGCCAGAGCUCUUCUCAGACACAGCAAGAUCCUGCUGUUAGACGAGGCAACAGCUGCUAUUGACACAGAGACAGACCGCCUCAUACAGGACACGAUUCGCACCUCGUUCAGUGGCUGCACCACUCUCGUGAUCGCCCAUCGCCUCAACACUGUGCUGAACUGUGACAGGAUCAUGGUCCUGGACCAGGGGCAGAUUUUGGAGUUUGACACCCCUUCAAGCCUGCUGGCCGAUGAAAACUCACGUUUUCGUGCCAUGAUGGUGGCAGCAGAAGAAACACUUAGUCACCCCUAAGAAGUAAGCAGGCACUGAAGACACGGAGCCUCCAGAGACAGAAGAUUCACACCAGAUUGAAAUCCUUGAAGCUGCUCAAACUGAGAUUUUCAGUUUGUUUGUUGUAUUUUAAGACGAUGGUAUUGUUAUAGUUAGCACACGGAGAGACUAUAUAGUGUUUGAUGUCAUGAAGAAGAGCCUUCCGGUGGGAACGGUCAUGUUGAUGGCACUUUAUUUGUGUUACCCGGCUGAAAGAUCCUGCGUGCUGCGGAAGCAUCUGGACUCCUGGAGUCAGUCUGAAGUGUUGAUGGAGUGCGUUUCUCAUGCACGACUCCCUUCUGCCUGUGUUUGGUAGAAGUACAUUUUGCACACUGAUAAUGUAUUUGUUUUCUUGUCGUUCAGAAUUUUUUUGCUUUAUAAAGGUAUGCAUGAAAGAUAUGUAUCGACCAUAAGGUAACCUGUUGAUUUGCCUUAUUUGUAUCUGACAUGCGUAUGAAUCCAACCAAAGAUGACGUUCAGAUCAGUCACACAUAUCAAUCAUUCCAGACAUCAGCACAAAACCUUUUAUUUUUAUUAGAAUUAUUUUGUAUUAUUUCCUUGUGCUUUCAUUGUUACUCAUACUAUGUAAGUUUUGUGCCUCUGCUGUUACAUAUUUGGCAGAUAUCUGUCAAAAGCAUUGUGCUAAUAGUGUUUUAGUGACAAAAAUGUGCAAUGUGAGUUCUUGCAAUAAUUCAAUGAGACAUUGCUGUUCUUAUUUGUAUUCUAAGUGCAUAUCUCAGUGUAAUCUUAUAUCACAUCUCUUGUGAUGUUUUUCAUUAUGUUGGGUUGAUUAUAUUCUCAGAAGAUUCAUGAAAUCUAAAGAGACUUUAAUUUAUGUUUGAAAUCAAGGUAGUUUCAUGCACAUGUGGAGGCUGGGAAGAUGUUAAUGCUAAAUAUCUCAUUCAUUCUUGAGGAGUGCCUGUACUACUUCAUAUCAAGACUACACUUUGUGAUCUCUUCAGGAAUGGAUGACUUGGAUGUUUUUAUUUUUUCAGGAUGAAAAUUGCACAUUUAGGUACCUGAUGAUUAUGCAAGAAUUUGGGUCUAUAUAUAUAUUUUAUAUAUAUAUAUGUAUGCCACACCGUGCAGUAUCUGUUUAGAUGUUUAUGUUGGAAAUAUCCAGAUGAAGAGAAAUCGGUUCACAAGCUUAGAUAUGCUAAUCAUUAAGAGUUGCCUUCUUUAUGAUUCAGAGAUUAUAGUUUUGUGGUUGUUUUACGAACACUUGUUUUAUGAUUGUUAUAAAACAAAUUCUUUAUUGAAUAAAGAUUAUAUUUAUACA